AUGCUAAAGACUAUACGACAUAAUUCAAAAACUAACUCAGAAGAUUGCUUAUAUUUAUCAAUCUUAUUGAGAGCUCUUUUAUAUACAUGUUGUUUUUGUCUCGGACAGAUACUUGCUAGUACUUCAACUAUAGAUACCAAUCUUACCCGCCAAAUUAACCCGAGUUGGACAACUUCUAUUACUAUUCCCCAAGCUAACCCAAUUCCCAGUCUUCCCAAUAUGCCAAUAGACAAUAGUUAUUUCAAAGUCCCAACUGAAGAUAGUUCACAUGCCAUGACUUUCGUACUAACUAACAACCAAAGUGACUCAGAACAAGAGGCUCUAUACAAAGAUAUAGUAGACAAUGGCCACACAGAUAUAAUUAUUAGACCCAAUAGUACGCCAGAUAAAUCAAUUGCUACUAACUCACCAACUACCUCUCUUAAACCAAUCUUAUGUCCCUAUAUGGCUCUAUGUCGUCUUUUGUUCACCAGUAAUUGUCUUAGUAUAACUGUAUGCCAGUUUACCUAUGAGUAUAACAGCACAGAAAUUAAAGAGCUAGAAGAUGUUAUGAACGUGUACAUUAACGAUUUGCCCAAGUUCGCUCGAUGGAAAACCGUGGAUCUAAUUAUAGUGGAAGGCAGUCCCGGGGUAGUUACCACGGUAUCUCAACUAGCUGUUCGUUCGCCUUGGAUUGGCCGGCUGAUUAUAAGUCAGAGUCAGAAACUUAAGCCAUUAGACUGGCUAGCCGGUAACCAAUGGACACAACAUCGGCAGUACGACUUAGUGGUGUGCAAUUCUACUUUUGAGUGCCAGAUAGUCACCAAAUCAAAUAUCUUCUCACAACUCAACUGGUAUAGAACUGCUAUUCAUACAACUCUGCAUAACAUAGACUGGAUUAAUACGUCAUCUUCAACUCUAGGUAUUGAGUAUCUACAAUUGACCAAUUUAUACCUCAAAUCCUCUACCUUUACUAAACUCAUACGCACACACUUUAUGUUGAUGCGGCUCAACCGACUAAGUGUUUAUUGUGAUUCAGCAUGGGUUGCCAGCCACAUUAAGACCACGACUAGCACUCAGCUAAAUCAUAAUAGAAAAGCAGCCAAACCUAAUGCCGGCCGGAUUAGAGCAAAAAACCUAAUUAUUCGUACUCCUGGUGAUCUUAAUGUUACUCAAGACUAUCUAUUCAGUAUAUUUGACCGACUUGAAGUUCAUUCUUCAGCCAUUAAGAGACUAAGGAUCACCAGUCCUUUAGAAGAGGACAAAACAGUAGUUCUAUUCGUUAUUGCCCCAGUUAAUGUAUGUUUAGCUAAGUGUUUCAAGAAAGAAGCAGCAGAUAGUUCUUUAGCCAAUUCAGAUCAUACUAUAAGUCUUGAUCUCGGUCGUAUGGGCGACAAAAACCUUAUUUACAACAUCAUUAAGGAUUCAUAUGAAGCCACCGCUACUCUAAAUGACUAUCCCCUUCAAAAAGUCGCUAUCUAUUAUCCCCAACACGUAACAAACAUCCAAAUUGCGACUAGAUAUUACAAGUUACUAACUCAUCUAGUUGAUUUAUUCCUUAGUAAGCAAAUCACUACUAUUUCUAUCGUUGGAUUAGAUAACAAAUCUACUUCCGAUAAAUCAGGAAAAGGUGGUAGUAAGCGGGGCUGUUUUAGCUGCACAAAAAGAUCGAAUGUCCAACUAGGGCAAUCUUCUCAAGAUGCUCCUUCUGAUGCUUACUUGCCAUCUACCAAUACCGAACUAGUUAGAAAGGUAGUUUGGAUCCCUGAAAUCCCCGAAGACCAAAUUCAACUCCAAGUUCAUACAGUUUUAGAAUUUGAGAAUCUCACUGACGGCACAGCAUCAAAUAUUAUAAUGACAGUCAAAAAGCCCAGCAGUAUUGGAGCAAUCAAAGUCUACAACUGCCCCGUUCAAACAGUCGACCAACUUUUUAUCAACAUCCAAACUGCCGAUUCCCGACUUAUUAACUUAGAAGCAAUUUAUCUAGACGCACUUAGUUUUACUGCUAUUUUAAAGUCAAACUCAAUCAUAUCUAAACAAUCUUCAACUACCACUGCCCUAGGUAGUAGGUCAUCACAAACCAAUAUUUCAUCCCAAUCCAAAUCAUGGAUUGCUAUCAUCAACAAACUACGUCUUAUUUUAGAUGAGACAACAUUCAAUACUUACCAAACUACUAUUCAAACUCUAUUCAACAGCCGCAUGCCUCUCUCGCUUAAGUUUGAUCCUAUCGCAAUACCCCGUAUAAUCGAUAAGCUCGACAUGUCCAACAUAACUAUCGUCCAUCUUUACAACCUUACCCCCGCCCAAAUCCAGCAAUGGAGUCAAUCCCCAACCAGCCCGAACCCCAAUCUCUUCUCUGGCAAACACCUCUACCUCCAUAUCACAUCCUCCGAAUCCCUCAAUAACCAAUCCGAGUGCCAAGCCCUCUGCCAAGUCAUCACUUACCUCCAAGUCCAUACCAGCUACCUCUUCAUAGAAAUAGAUUCACUCCUCUCUCCCACCACCAUCACUACCCUGCAACAACUAGUCGCCGCUCCAUCCAAUCCCACCACUCCAUCCCCGCCCAAAUCCAUCGUCCUUAUAAUCCACGGUCAUCCUCUCCAAAGCUACCAUACUCUAUAA